AUGUCUAUUUAUUUAAUAGUUACCAGACCUUUAAAAUGGUCAGAGUCAAAGAGUGUCAUAUACCGAUGUUUUCAACUUGCAAUUCUAUUUUAUAUUUUGUUUGAAGUUAUUUACAACCAACGUUACCUAAAAACGGAAGCCCCCGUACCUGCUGCCGUCAGAAUAACAUUACAAGCACCAAAUAAUUUUGCUAAUUUUGCAGCUCCUUCUUAUUGUAACGUAUCAUUGCCAUGCACUUUUUGGGGUGCCAAUGAAGUACAAUUCCCUUCUGAUGGUGCUGGUGUUGCAUUUUUUACCACCAGAGCAUCCGCACUUAAUUAUCCUAACCUACCUGGGUGUAAUCCUUUAAGAGUUACGUCUCCAUCAGAUCCAUGCUUCUUUAGUCCAACAAACAAUAAUGUAACAAUUUUACCAAAAUCUUAUAUUGGUGGCAUUGAGAAUUACACUAUGAUGAUUGAACAUUCUAUAAGGGGGAAAGCUACAUCUAUUGCGAUUCGAAAUGGAUUGAUGGAUGGUCAUCUUUAUGAUUCCAACGGAAAAUUGAUUAAAACAAUGACGAAUUCUACUAGAAUCGUAGAAAAUCCUAGUGCUGAUGGUGAUAUUUUUACCGUUCAAGAAUUUCUUUCGGCAGCUGGUGCAGAUUUGGAUGCUCCUUCCACAGCUCCUGGUGCUAAUAAGGCAGCGGGUGAGACAUAUAGAUCAUCUGGAAUAGUCAUUGCUGUCGUAAUUGAAUAUUUAAACGCCAAAUAUCAGGAAGAUCAAUUAUAUUAUAACUAUCGCCCUCGAAUAAUUGAUGGGAACGAGUAUAAAGUUACAGAAAACUUGGUUAAUGGUACUGAUGGCUCUGUUACACUUGUAGAUAGGCACGGUAUUCGUUUCGUAUUCCAGCAAACUGGGACGAUAGGUGUAUUCGAUUUUGUCACUCUUCUUACGGCUUUAGUGGCAAGCUUUACACUUUUGAAAGUUGCCGAGAUCAUCGUAGAGCAAAUCAUGUUAAGAUUCCUUCCAGAAAAACAAACUUACGAAGAAAUCAAGUUUGUCGAAACUGAGUACAAACGUGGUGAAGGAGUUGAAGUAAAACCAACGAAGAGUGAAGUUUAA